AUGGUGUCCACGGCGGUUACCCGGACAGCUUAUAACUCAAUGAAUUCGGCGUUGCAUGGCUUGUCUGACGGUGCAGACCGCCGUUCAGGUGCUGCUGACACAGGCGAGUCCGACUUUGAUAACGUGAAAUCGAGUAUCGAGUCUCGAAUUGGAAACAAAAUCGUCAAGUCGUUCAAAGGAAACAUCUUCAAGGGCAUCAGUAUCGAGACAUCAGUCGAGAACGCAGAAUCCCUGCACAUGAAAAAAAAUGUGGCCAAUGUCUGGCGAUCCAAGACGGUCCAGCUCGAUCCUGCUUUAGACAAACAGGACCAACCCGACGAUGCAGGCGCAAGCAACUAUUCAAUCCACCACAUGACUGGUGUAGAUAGACUCCACGCUGAAGGCAUCCGCGGACAAGGCGUUACUGUUGCAAUCAUCGACACGGGAGUUCAGUACACACACCCUGCGAUGUUUGUAUAUUCUCUCGAUAUGAGGCCACUGAGGCUGAUUAAGCUUCAAGGGUAUCCACGCGGACCCUUUGAGAAGGAACCAGAUGAUGACCCGUUUGAUAUCGACGGACACGGCACGCAUGUCGCGGGGAUCAUCGCCGGCUUGACCGAAAACUGGGCAGGAGUCGCACCAGACGCUACGCUGAAGAGCUACAAAGUCUUUGGGGGCAGUGCCGACAUCAUCACAGCAAGUAUUGGCGGCCCCGGCGGAUGGUCGAGCAGUGCCUGGUCCACGGUUGCGUCUCGUAUCGUUGAUGCUGGCACCAUGGUAACCAUCUCUGCCGGCAACAGCGGUGAGCUCGGCCCAUUUUUUGGAAGCAGUGGCUCAUCUGGAAAGUUUGUGCUCGCCGUGGCGUCGGUCGAAGCAGAUACCUAUCCUGCGAUACCAUUUGAGGCCACUUAUAUCCGUCCCGGCUCAAAUGAUUCGAACACAACGACAUUUGCCUACCUGCCAGACUACGAGCCUUUUCCUCCAACGGUUCGAGACCUUCCUAUGUUUGCGCUAUCACUCAACGCAAGUGAUGUUCUAGUAGGCUGCGAGUCUUUGCCGGCCAAUACGCGGAACCUCAGUAAUUAUGUCGUACUUCUGCCUUUUCUGCCUCUGAGUGUGAAUACGAACUGCAGUUCAUAUGCAAAACAGCGCAAUGUCGCUCGCUUUGGUGCUCGAUAUAUCCUUUUUUUCAGCCCACAGGGCGCAUCGCUACAACAGCCAGGGACCGGGAGCGACCUCACUGGCGUCGGUAUUCUCGAUUAUGAAACGGCAGAAUUCUUCCUCAAGGCGCAUAGAACUGGAAAUCGGGUGUUGCUUAACUUCUCUGCCGAGUCGAAAGCCAACUAUGUCGGCAUCAGCAAUGCUGGCGGAGGGGUUGCGAGCUACUUUACGUCACAAGCUGCGCUAUACAACCUCGAGAUCAAGCCCGAUGUUGCGGCCCCUGGAGGCAACAUCUUCAGCUCGUACCUUGACAAUACAUACACAGUGCUCAGCGGUACAUCAAUGGCGUGUCCAUAUGUGGCUGGAGUUGCGGCCUUGUACAUCAGUCAACAUGGAGGUAAAGGCAUCCACGGUGUCCGCUUCGCCAAGGAUCUCGCCAUGCGAAUCAUGUCAAGCGGCCGCGCAGUGCGGUGGCACGAUGGCCAGUCAGACAAAGAUUAUGGAUUCUGGGCGCCUGUAACCCAAGUUGGCACUGGCAUCGUCGACGCCUACAAGGUUGUCCACUAUGAAACGUCCCUGGGAUGGUCAAAAUUUGCACUCAAUGACACGCAGAACCACAGACAACAUCAACAGGUCGCCAUCAAGAAUAACGGGACUAGCCGUGUUCGAUACAGGUUCGAGGUGCAAGACUCUGGCGGCCACGACGUCCUGGACAGCAGCGAUCCUCCCUUGGUGCAGUUGGGCCCGAUUCCGCACGGCGAGACAUCCUUCCUCCCCUUUAAAAUGACGCCUGAUGUGCUGUUACCGUCGGAUGAGUUCUGGGUCAAUCCUGGGUCAACCAAAAACGCAGAAUUCAUCUUUGACUAUCCCGACGGGUUCGAUGAUGAUAAGUUGCCUGUGUACAGCGGCAAGAUCCUCAUAUACGGCACGAAUGCUGAAGAACUUUCCGUACCUUUUAUGGGCGUGGCGGGGAGCAUACGGACUACCUUUGCCAGUGUCUUUUACCCCAACUAUCCCCGGUCCUCUUCAACUGCGAACGAUAUUCCCAUUGAGGAGAAGCCCACCUACACAUUUGACCUUUCAUUGGAAGCUCAAGACUUCCCAAAGAUCGUUUGCGGCUUCCGCUGGGGUGUGCGUCACCUACGGUGGGAUAUCUUUGAAGCAGGUUGGGAAGACAGCCGCUGGUUCUAUCCGCCGGAAGCGGGCAAGAACGGGUAUGUUGGUGCAGCAACUUCAUGGGCCGGUGCGGACUACGCCUACGUCUUCAACACAAGUAAGGACGAUGAGAUGGAUCUGGUAGCGUUUCCAGUCUUUGAUCUGGCUCGGGACAUUCCAUAUGAGUAUUGGUGGCUUGGCCGUCUGGCUAACGGCCAAUUGAUCGAACCAGGAAAUUACACGUGA